AUGACAGAAGUGAAGGGGCACCAUCUUUCGGAGGAAGUGGCAUCCUCCACACGGCAGGUGGCGGAACUGGCUUGUGCAGGUGGAGCGGAACGUGCAGACAGUGUUAAAGUUGCUCUGAAUAAAAUGGCAUGCGUGAUAUCAUGUACAAAAACGACUAAGAGAAGGCGUCGUGUCCAUGUCGGGAAUAAAUGUGAGCGAACCGUAAAAAGCAAGGUGUGUGGAAAAAGAAACAAAAAUACCGAUGGAGCGAAAGGGAGUACGAGUGUUUCGUCAGUGGUCAAAAGUACACAUGUUGGUGGCAGAGACACAUCCCGCGGAUCGAAGAACGUUGGAGAUUCUAAGAAAAAGACGGUUGCUAUGAAUAGGAAAACAGAACAACAGAGAAAAUCUAAAGCAAGGAAAUUCGGGGACUACUUUGUUUCGUUCCUCCGUAAGAUGAGUCUGGCCAGGGAAACAGCGGCUGCAGGGGUGCGUGCGUCCGGUCCUACGGCGGAGGAGGCGAGUUUACCAUUCCAAAAGACUUCAUUUCCUCCAACACGUCAGGUGCGUGGGAGGGAGAGUUCGAAGGAACCCAAGCUGUCUUCUUCCUUUUUACCCGAUUGUGUGCAAAAUCAGCGGUUUCAUGUCGCUCUGCCUUUGCUCCCCCCACGCGUGCACGAUAUAUUUGGUCGUCAUACCCUUAACCUCGGACCACCGUCUGUUGGCUCAACUCAAUCACAUCAGAGCACCAUGGACUCGAAUUGUGCGACUUCCACUUGUAGCUUUGCUGUGGCUUCCCUUUCUUCAUUAUUCCCGACGAGUGCCAUCAAGUGUGGGGAUGAAGAAGCCCUUUCUUGUUUUUUCCCAGCAAUACAUAAUGGCGGUUGGUUCGGUACAGCAUCCGAUUUCAUUGAGCACUGUGCAUCAGUCUCUCACAAAAUUUUCUGUGAAGGUGCUCCGUUGUUUCCCCUGGUUACUGUAAAGGAGCAGCAGGGAGCAGUUGAUGAAUUCAAAGAGAGUACUCCUCCGAUUGAAGCCGUGGAAAUCAAAGGGACAAGUGUAGAGAAAAAUGGAGGGACACAACCCCUCUACUCUGAAGUCGUGUGUACCGGUGCUACAAUGAAGUUUGGUCUUCUACAGCACAACCAAGGACAGUACGCGUACUACUGGUGGUUCAUGCGCGUUCACAUGGCGACGGUUCAACUCGGUCGGAAAGAAUGGGACUUUUCAAUAGCAGUGCCGCAAACAACGCCUCGUUAUGCUCACACGGCCGCGGAACUACGGCGGGUUGGUGAACUGUGGUGCAGCUAUCGUUUUUUUUCGGCUUCUGUGGCAACUGGUGUGGCUAAGCGGAUAGUGUUGUCCCCAGAUUUGCAGUGGCACGUGCUACGAGUGGCCACUAUCCACGUAACACAUGUUGUUCGGGACGCAUAUUUGAGUUUGUCACAUUCCUUGGAUGUAGUUGACACAUUUUAUAAUUCUGACGAACGCGUGAUGAGCUCUUUGACUGCACACGUAACUGAUAGUGGCUCGGCAGACGUAAAAGUUUACGAUGCAGCCAUGAAUGCUUCUCUCGCUGUCCUUCUCAGUGCCACCAGCGUUAUGCGUGACCCCUUGAGUAAAAGUGAAGCCAAGUCACUCGCUACCUUCUCUACGCACGUAGCCACGUCCAUAGUUGAAGUAAUUGAACAAAAGAGCGGUGUGAGGUUCCCUUUUCGUGCGACGUAUAAUACUCCGGGUUCUCAUGUGAAAAAUACGACUAUCACCGAAAAAGGAGAAAAAUCCGCAUCCAUGCUUCAUGUUCCAUCGUACAAUGUUACUGACAGUGUUGGCUCCGUGUUUGAUGUGGAGGAGGAGGAACACAUCAUGUCCUUAGCACUGUGGAUGUACCUCCGUGACGCGGCGUGCGCUCAAUUUCCUAUGAGUGACUGA